CCUAUAUAGCACUAUAUCCUGGUAAUGCCAGGUUGAAAUACUGCUAUUGUGACGUAUCUAUGUAUUAGCCAGUACUCUUACAUAAAUUAUACAUCAUACUAUGCCGUAUUUGAUCGAGGAGACGUUGAACACAUUGUCGUCGUCAGCUCAUUACAUUGAGCUUUCGAAAGCGGCGCUUUAAAAUAACAGUAGUUACAGGCAGCUCAUUUUUGCAUGACGGGUCACUCCACUGAGUCUAACGUCUGAAGCCGUUGCUGGGUCUUUACCGCCUGGCUUAAGUUUAAAUAUUAUAACAUAUCGAUAGUUAUACACGUGCGUAAAAAAACAGUCUUGCAAUCGAUUAAAGAGAUAACAUGGUCUGACUUGAACACAAGAGCUGUGGAAGAUAUCGUCUAUUGAAUUUAUCCAAGGGCUGCGAGUUCUUGCUGAGGAGAACGGAGCUAUGAUGCACAUCUGAAGACAUCUCGAUCACAUGGGCUCCUAUCCUAUGCUGACCCAAUGGUUUAAUCACCAGGACUAAAAAUGAGCAUAAGCAGUGAUGAAGUCAAUUUCCUGGUUUACAGAUACCUGCAAGAGUCAGGCUUCUCCCACUCAGCAUUCACCUUUGGCAUAGAGAGCCACAUCAGCCAGUCCAACAUCAAUGGAGCCCUUGUGCCCCCUGCUGCCCUCAUCUCCAUCAUCCAGAAGGGCCUGCAGUAUGUGGAGGCUGAAGUCAGCAUCAAUGAGGACGGGACCUUGUUUGACGGGCGGCCCAUAGAGUCGCUAUCUCUGAUCGAUGCUGUGAUGCCAGAUGUCGUCCAAACCAGGCAGCAGGCCUACAGGGACAAGAUGGCCCAGCAGCAGCAUCAUCAGCAGCAGGCGGCAGGCAGUGGCAGCGGCACAGUGCCCCAGGGAAGCACCAAGAACGGAGAGGGCGAUGCCAACGGGGAGGAAAACGGAUCCCACGCCUUAGCCAGUAAGCUAGCUCAUGAUUGUAAACAAUCUCUAAAUCUGCUCCUUAACAAACGAUAUGAUGUGAAAAGGUGUGUGUGUGUGUGUGUGUGUGUGUGUGUGUGUGUGUGUGUGUGUGUGUGUGUGUGUGUGUGUGUUGAUUUCGACAGGUCCGGGGACUCGACAGCACGAAUCUGGAACCUGAUUGAGAACAGUGUAGGCGGGUCCACUCAGCUGGUUCUGAGGCACUGCAUACGGGAAGGGGGUCAGGACGUACCCAGCAACAAAGACGUCACCUCACUAGACUGGAAUAGCGAGGGAACGUUGCUAGCAACAGGCUCGUAUGACGGCUUUGCUAGAAUAUGGACCAAAGACGGUAACCUGGCCAGUACGUUGGGUCAGCACAAAGGUCCGAUAUUUGCUCUCAAGUGGAAUAAGAAAGGAAACUUCAUCCUCAGUGCUGGUGUAGACAAGACCACAAUUAUUUGGGACGCCCACACGGGAGAAGCAAAACAACAAUUUCCUUUCCACUCGGCACCGGCUCUGGACGUAGACUGGCAGAGCAACAACACGUUUGCCUCCUGCAGCACAGACAUGUGCAUCCAUGUGUGUAAGCUGGGUCAGGACAGACCUGUCAAGACCUUCCAGGGACACACGAAUGAGGUGAACGCCAUCAAGUGGGAUCCCACUGGCAGCUUGCUGGCCUCCUGCUCAGAUGACAUGACGCUGAAGAUCUGGAGUAUGAAGCAGGACCUGUGUGUCCAUGACCUCCAGGCCCACAGUAAAGAAAUCUACACCAUCAAGUGGAGCCCCACGGGCCCUGGGACCAAUAAUCCCAGCGCCAACCUCAUGCUGGCCAGCGCAUCAUUUGACUCCACUGUGCGUCUGUGGGACGUGGAGCGCGGGGUGUGUAUCCACACACUGACCCGCCACCAGGAGCCCGUCUACAGCGUGGCCUUCAGUCCCGAUGGGAGACACCUCGCCAGUGGCUCCUUUGACAAGUGUGUCCACAUCUGGAACACUCAGACGGGUGCUUUAGUUCACAGCUACCGGGGGACGGGAGGAAUCUUCGAAGUGUGCUGGAACGCCACAGGGGACAAAGUAGGAGCCAGCGCGUCGGAUGGAUCGGUUUGCGUAUUAGACCUGAGGAAAUGACACUCGUGAGGGGGGAGCAAUGGACCGACUACGAAUGUGUACAUAGCCAAAAUGACUGACUGUCCCUGCCUGUCCGCCACACUGCUGUAGUCCCGUCAGACGCCAUUACAGUCCAUAUGUACACACAAGGACCACACCUUCGCCACAUGUGUCAGACAUGCGUCAGGUCUGUAUGGACACACGGUGCUGCUCUCACAGACCUGCAGCAGGAAACACGUCUCUGUUAUUCCACAGUACCACCCUGUCGGACCCAUCACAUGCAAACCAAAACCGUAGGAUUCUUCUUGCUUUCGUCUUUUUAUCCUUUGUACCGGACUUCUAAAGAUUCUUUGCGCUCUGUUGGUGUGUGCAUAUUGCAUAUGUCAGCAUUUGAUGUCCUGUGGACAUUGUU